CACCACGAUUUAACCACGUUAAAUUGAACGAAAAUUGAUUUCCCCUUGAAUUGAGCUAGCUCGUGGGACACAUCAGAUCCAUAUCAUUGAGAUUGAACCAUUUUGGAGCCAUGUCCAAACGAAGUAAAAACUCAUUAUUGACGCUGAACAAUCGCGAGAAACAUUUUAGUACGGUUAGAGAUGAACUUUUGGCGAUGAAAUACACCAUGGUUGGGCCUGGAGCCCCCAUAUAUCCAUAUGAUAGCCUGGAUUCAACCACUGCGGAGAGUCUGGCGAACGGUGCAGGGAUUAUGAACACCCCGGGGAAUAACUCAAACACACAAUCGGCACCAGCCGUGCCUUCACAGGGCACUUCAACGUACCCAGAUUAUAAUCCUUGGCUGGACCAUACCCAGAUACCUGGAGAUCAAGCAGCGGCAGAGAACUCCAAGAUCAUCAACACCGCAUACCUCAACAAGGGGUAUUUUGAGCCUCCGCUGGUGUCCAACGAGUACUACUCGGCUCGUAAUAUGAUCCAAAACACCAUCUUUCUGUCGCCAGCAGCUUGUCAGCUGGUGCUUCUGGAUCUUCUGUCACUGUUGGCAGACGCCUACAGGGUGCGUAACGACGAUGUCAACCGUAUCAGACACGAUCUGAACACGUUCCGUCUACCGCCCAGAGUGACCCUCACAUCCCUGAAGCGUGACGCAUGGAUGAAGGAUCUAGCCAAUCCAGAUAUUCCGUUACUGCUGCUACUGGGGAGAAUACCCCAUGGGGUGAGGAAUAGGGUUCUUGUGGAUGGACUAGUGGCGAAACAGGUGCCCUUACCUCGAGCCUUGUGGUUCACUAAAUGUGUGUUGUACUCGGAACUGGGCAAACGUCACAUGCACCACCAACAACUGCUGACAGCGUCAUCUUCUCAGCUAGGUGCUACAGGAUCUACAGACCCUCUACUUCAGGAUUGGACCCACCAACUAGUUGACUAUGUAUACAAAUUCUCUCGCGAAGUCGCUUCCAUCACUUCUCCAGAACGGAAACAAAUGUACAUGAGCAAAUUACGGUACCUUCUUUCUUAUGUACAAGCUCUCUACAUCGAGUGUUUGGUGGAUAAGGCAUUCUUUUUGACCCUGGUGGGUAAGUUUUUCCAUGUAGAUGCCUUGGUGAAGAGAACCAAUGAAGACGACGAAAUUGAAGACAACAAUGAAGAUUCCGAUGCAAUGGACGCCGAGUCAACUUCAUCGUUAUCGUUGGGCCAGAAGUUGAUUGCCUUAACAUUGGUGAAGACAUAUUGGACAGACCUCCUCAAACAUGACCAUAUAUGCAAGGAGUUAGCCGAGAGCUUGUUGUUGAACCAUUUCUUGAUCAUGAAGAGUAUGAAGCGGAAGAGAUCCGGGUCCAGUGGAGCCCAGGUAUUCCAUGGGUCUCAGGGAUCACCCGACGCCACUAAUGCCAACUUAUUCACACCUUCAACCAACGCCAGUCGUGGCACUUAUGACCCAGAGUUUGGCCCACCUACCGUUGCCUUACCGCUCCUCAAAUCGAUUGCAGAGUUGAUUCUCCAUCUUUUCAAGCAUAACUCAAGUCUGUUCAUCAUUCCCAACUAUUGGCCUGUGGUUUCCAAAUCAUUGAGUAACAUCAUUAUGACCUCCAGUGAAGAUAACUCACCUGAAAAGCCUCUCUUGAAGAAGCAAUUCAGACUCAUCAAGUAUCGUAACGAGAGUUUAAUGUUGUCCUCCUCUGAUGGGUCCAUGCCAUCCAUAAGGUCCCAAGAUGAUUUGCUUUCAGUGGUGCAUCAAUUUGAAACCCUCAAGUUGAAUAUGCACCUUGCGGAAAAAUUUGCAGAAUCAGGACCCAGGGGAACCAUCUUGGUCAAGAUCGUUCUUCAUUAUUGUGUUUCUCCAAGUAACUCCACCGAAUCUAUUUUGGUGCUUUGUAACUUCCUCAAGUCUCUAGUUGUUCCCAAAAUCUCUCCAACCCAUAGAGCAGAGUUUGACAGUGAAGUCUUGGAAGUCAUUUACACUUUGGCAGAAGACCACUUGGAGAACCCAAGAGUGGAUUCACACCGUCUCUAUGUCCUCAUUAACGAAUUGUACCAAUUGAAAAUCCUCACCAUAUCUCUGUAUUUGCGGAAAUUGAUUGCCUCUGGAGUCUUUUACCAAUCAGGAAUGGGAAGCACCCUGGUUUCAGCACAUUUAGAAGUGUUGAAAAACCUCCCGGUAUUAAACAAUAAGCAAUGUGAUAGUAUAUUGAAGAAGUGGACAGAACGAGGUGGUGACUUCCAAAAACAAUUUGAUCAAGGCAAGCAGAUUGUUGAGGAGGAAAUAUUGACAAUGUUCACCAAGGACUAUGACCCUUCAAAACCUUCUGCUAUGGACUUGAAGAACCUUUCAGUUGGACUCAAGUUUCUUCUCAUUAACUGGACAACUACCCAGAUAAAGUCACUCAUAAUCAACUCUCCAAAGCUUGUACAUAUCACUCCAGUGAUUCUUGCCAACUUGUACAACUUUUACUUGCUGUGCGACUCCCUUACCGUGUUUUUCAAGGUCAUUCUUCGUUUCAUUUUAAAGAAUGACGGUAUGAUUAUCAUUUAUUAUUUGGAUACCUUGCGGUUGAUCGCUCGUUUGGUAAUGAAACAUGAAAAAUUGGUUAAUUUGGUGCAGCCCCAACCUCAACCAUUAGCCAAGUCUGAAAUUCGAAGCAGCCUGUUUGGAGCUGAAUUGAAUUCGCCCAGUGGUCCUCCAUUUGGUGCUGGCUCGCCAUUUGCUCUGGCCAGUCCUGCCCCCAACUCUUUACAAAGCAUGAGUUCAAUAUCAACUCCAACGAUUUAUUCACUCAUUAUCAACUCAUAUAUUGAUCUAUCUACUAGAGAUGCAGACUACUUUUCAUUUCAUCAAGUUUGGAAAUUCAUUGAUCAAAUCUAUGAAAGCUCUGGACCAAAUUGUUCGGAUACCAAUCAUAUUGAUGAAUUCUCCACCCCGUACCCUCCUUCCUCUGGGAUCUCUACCGUUAUCCCCCCACCGCCACCUCCUACUAUUCGAUCCCAGUUGGAUAUGCUCCUUCAAUCCCGGAGACUGGCAUUAUCCCCAUCUGAAAUGGAAGAACUUGCUGCUCAGUUCCCAAUUGACAACGGACAGGAUCCACUAGAACUUUUAACUCUGGUCUCCGAAAGUCAAGAGCCACUACUUAUGAGGUUAUUAGUUUCUCAAAGUGAUUCCGAUCUCUCGAAUUUCACACAUCGAGUGAAAAACACCAUUGCAAAAUUGGAUUCAACUUCACUCAUCAUUACCAUUCUUGUGAAACUUGUGGUAAAUGACGUGAUUGAGUACAGUGUAGCAUUGGAAUGGUUCCCACAUCUUGCUACCCUGGGAACAGACCAUCUAGCAGUAGACCAGAAACUCUCACUUUCGGUAAUUGAAGAUCGUUACUAUUUCAAGUCUCCAAGAGUUCUGUUGACAUUGUACAACAAGAUUUCUCCAGCGAUUCUUGAACAAGUCUCCAUCAGACAUCGUGAAAUGAUGUUGAAUGAAUUUCUUGACCCUGAGAAAUCAAUUGAUGAUUUCUUGGACUACUUGAAGGUAGUGGGGUUAAAACUUGAUGCAAACCCUUCAGAUGAAACAUUUUGGUACCAGGUAGCCUCCAUUACCGAUGAAUUCAGUCUUCCAUUUGUUCAAGUUCUUUUACGUAUAGUACAAAGCAAAACCAAUGGUUCCACUCUUGCACAAAUGGUGGAAACAUUUAUUAAGAAUAUCAGGCUUCAAUUUGACCCACUGAACCUGUACUUUGGGGAAUUGUUUGAAUUCUUGGAAUGGGAUCAUAGAUUACAAGUAUUAGGAUGGUUAGAGGAUGGAUUCCUCAAAAAGAAUUUAGGUUCAGAUGGAGAUAACGAAGAGGUUGGGUUCCUUCUUGAAUUCCCUGAUUCUGGGCCACCUCUUAAGGAUUUUUUCAAGAAAUUUCUGGUCACUGCUUCCGUUCCAACUACUCCUUCAUUCUUUGAACUUCUCACCAAAUACGUGACAAUACUUUGUGACGAAAUCAACCUGGAUCUGCCCUCUAAUGAAGUAUAUACGUCGCUAUGUAUCACCCUUCGAAUCCUUAUCAUCCACAAGGAAAACCUUGGGCCAAUAAUUGCCGAAACGCCAUCAUUUUAUUCACUCUUGGCUCAAAUACUCAACUCGAAGUACCUCUCCAGUGCUGGUCAUGAAAAAGUACGGAUUUUGCUCUAUGACUUGUUAUCAUUGAUCCUGUCAUCCUCCGCACCUCCAAGGAGCCCGGAGAAGUCUGGUACCGCAGAAGAUUCUACAUCAUCGUUGCCACAGAAAAGUUGUUUGGAAACUAUUACCGCUACUAUUAGUCCGCCUGAUAGAUCAAAUCCUCUAGCACAAUAUGUUACGCCUAUGCCAUUUUCACUAGCUCUUGAUCAAGAUGAGCUUUCAAACGAUGGAGACUUCCAUUUUGUUAAUGGUGACUCUUUAGUUGUUAUCGAUAAGAGAGAACAUACACAGAAACUCACCUUCAAAAGUUUUGAGAUUCUUGAGGACACUGGUGACGAUAUCAACGGAGGAUUCAUCAAUCUUCUGUUGUUUGAAGCAUAUACUACCAAGCAAAACCCCCCAUAGUAGAAUGUACUACACCUGGAAGCGGUAAGACGCUCCGCUGGCCCCUGCUCGGGGAGAGCCACCGCGUGGAGCUUAGCUCCUCUACGAGGAGUCCUGGUCCCCCCUCUUGUCCUUCCUCGUCAGAGGAACAAGGCCCCCACGGCUAGUGGCCCACGGAGUGCCAGCGGAGCGGCUCGCGAACCCCGUAGGGCAGCACCAUUACCUUCCCUACGGGGUUGCACGACGCUCCGCUGGCCCCUGCUCGGGGAGAGCCACUGCGUGGAGCUUAGCUCCUCUACGAGGAGUCCUACUAGCCCCAUGACCUUCCUCGUCAGAUGAUCAAGGUCCCCACGGCUAGUGGCUCACGGAGUGCCAAGAGGAGCGGCUUGCUUAUCAUACAGGGUGGUGUGUCCCCAAGACUCUUAACUAGACCCCUUUUCAGGUACACUUUUUCUACAUGGUAUGUAUUCUACAUAGCAACAUCUUCACAAAUAUGACAAUCCACCAUCUUUAUAGAAGUAUAUCGGGUAAAUGAAAGUUUUAGAACC